AUGCUCGCCCUCCGCCCCGCCCGCACUGCCCUGCGCACCCCCCGCCCGCUCCGGCGUCGCAGCUACAGCCUCUCGACCUACCUCCCCCCGUCCCGCGCGCAGACGUCGCCCUUUGCGCCGCGCCACCUGCUGUCCAUUGCCGACCUCACCCCCGCCGAGCUCACGACGCUGGUCCGCAAUGCCCACGCCCACAAGCAGGCCAUCCGGGCGACCGGCGAGGUCCCCCACGGCCUGCGCCAGUCGCUCGCCGGCCGCACCGUCGCCAUGACCUUCAGCAAGCGCAGCACCCGCACCCGCGUCAGCACAGAGGGCGCCAUUGCUGCCCUCGGCGGCGUCCCCAUGUUCCUCGCCAAGGACGACAUCCAGCUCGGCGUCAACGAAUCCCUCUACGACACCUCGCUCGUCCUCUCCUCCAUGACCGCCGCCAUCGUCGCCCGCGUCGGCCCCCACAGCGACGUCGCCGACCUCGCCAAGCACUCGUCCGUGCCCGUCAUCAACGCCCUCUCCGACCUGUACCACCCCCUGCAGAUCGUCGCCGACCUGCUCACCCUCGCCGAGUCGCACCCCUCGCCCUCGCCCGCCUCGCCCGCCUCGCUCGGCCUCGAGGGGCUCAAGGUCGCCUGGAUCGGCGACGCCAACAACGUCCUCUUCGACCUGGCCAUCGGCUGCGUCAAGCUGGGCAUCGACAUCAGCGUCGCCACCCCCCACGGCUACGAGAUCCCCCAGCCCAUGCGCGACGUCAUCUCCCACGCUGCCCACACCGCCCCGCGCCCCGGGAAGCUCGUCGAGACCACCGUCCCCGCCGAAGCCGCCGCCCGCGCCGACAUCCUCGUCACUGACACGUGGGUCUCCAUGGGCCAGGAGGACGAGUCCGCAAAGCGCCUCGACGACUUUGCCGGCUUCCAGAUCACCUCGGACCUGGCCCGCCGCGCGGGCGCAAACGAGAACUGGCAGUUCAUGCACUGCCUGCCCCGCCACCCGGAGGAGGUCACCGACGACGUCUUCUACGGGCCCCGCUCUCUCGUCUUCCGCGAGGCCGAGAACCGGCUGUGGGCCGCGCUGUCCGUCCUCGAGGCCUUUGUCGUCAACAAGGGCCUCAUUCGGUGA